AUGCAGACUUGAAUCAUGAUGGUCCUGUGAUGUCCUGGUAAACCUUGUAGACACUGACAUCUGUGGAAUGCACUUCGCAGUGCUGUCGCGUAGAGAUCGUCAAAACUAGAGACAACCCUGAUGAACGUAAACGGUGGCUUAAAAAAGAUUCAAACUGAACUAUGACGUUCUUCGCGACUCCCGGCGUGGUCAUCUCCAUCAUGGUGGGAUGCCUGAUCGCCUUCGGGUUCCUCUUCCUGUGCGCGUACUCCAUCCACCGGGUGUUCUGCGUGCGGCCGGCGGCGCUGGUCGUGGAGGGGCCCGAGGACGACAGCGACGACACGCCGGAGGACGAGCUCUGUGAGAUCACCAUCACCGUGGAUGAGGAGAGCAACGGGAGGGACAAGUCAUGUCAGGUGGCCAUCAUAGACGGACUGAGCGGGGAGGUGCUUACGGGGUUCGGUACGGGGGAACUCGUCCCUACGCCCGAGAGCGAGACCGUCGGCAGCCCCUGCGAACCUCGCGGGCCCAAGACUUACAUCGAGCUGAAGCAGGCCGCAGACGGGGGGUUCGUGAUGAAGGAACACGUAGUUUACCCUGAAGACGUUGAGGAAGAAGAAGAGGAGGACAACUUCAGACGGACCGUGGCAGUUCAGACGCCCGCGUUAAAAUUCGUAAAUGACGUUUCAGGUCAGAAUAAAACGCCCGAUACAGAAGAUGUAGAAAGUCGCGACGAUCAGAAGGAUUCCUGCGGUGUAACCGAGACGACUUGCAUCUCAUCACCGACUCAAGACGUCUUAGACCCCGGAGUUCUUCAGACGAACUGCCUGAAAUGCGAACCUCACCUUCAAGGGGAGGUUAUAGGUUUAAGAGAAAGACUUCAUAAUUAA